AUGGGCUCGAUCGACAUCCCUAAAACCCAGACUGUAGCCCUAGUCCGUGAUCUCGGCGGCCCGGUUGAAUUCAAGGAAGACUACCCCGUCCCGACCCCGGGCAAAAAUGAAGUCCUCGCAAAGAUCCUUUACACGGGCGUUUGCCAAAGUGACCUACACACCAGAGCUGGCACCGCAGCCGGUCCAGAUGGCAACCCAAUCACCAAAAUCAAGACGCCCCAUAUCGGCGGGCACGAGGGAAUUGGGCGGAUUGUCGAGCUGGGCCCGGAUAUCACGCAUGACACCGGAAUUAAAGUUGGAGCGCUAGUUGGGAUUCGAUUUUCGAGUCGAAUUUGCCGCCGUUGCGAGUUCUGUCUUGCUGGGACGGAGCAGUAUUGCGUGCAGAGUACGAAUCACUUGCAUCAUGAAGAUGGGAGCUUUCAGGAAUGGAUUGCGCUUGAUGCGGAUUAUUUGACUGUCUUGCCUGAUGAUUGUGAUCCUGUGGUGAUGGGACCUGUCUUGUGUGCGGGCCUGACGGCUUAUAAGGCUGUUUUGAAUGCGAACAUUCGGCCUGGGCAAUGGGUGGUUGUUGUUGGGGCUGGUGGAGGUCUUGGACACUUGGCAGUACAAUAUGCCCGUGCUGCUGGUGCUUUGGUAAUUGGAGUCGAUGGACCUGGAAAGCGGGAUUUCGUUCUUAGUCUUGGAGCGCAAGAAUUCAUCGACUUUGCGAAGGAAGACCCUAUUAAGAGAGUGCAGGAGAUUACUGGUCUUGGGGCUCAUGCCGCAGUCGUCACGGCCGGCAGUGCUAAAGCAUUUUCGCACGCAUGUGAGAUGUUGCGAGUUGGUGGGAGUUUGAGUUGCGUCGGUAUUCCGCCAGGUCGACCCUGUCUUGAAACUCCGAUUUGUACGAUCGUCAUCAAAGGGUUGCGGAUCACCGGUAACUUGGUUGGGUCAUUGAAGGAGUGUAUGGAAGCAGUUGAUCUUGUUCGACGGGGUGUGGUCAAGCCCGUCAUCAAAGUCAGGCAAUUCAAGGACUUGCCACAGGUAUAUGAGGAGAUGGAAAGAGGAGAUAUUUCUGGGCGUGUGGUUCUUCAAAUUGCUCAGUGA